GCCGGGCCGGGCGAGAGAGGGAGGGCAGGGGCCGGGGGUGGAGGAGGAGGAGGAGGAGGGCCGGGAGCGGGGUGUCAUGCCGAGAGCGCGCCUAACGCGGGUCGCAGCCCGCUAGGCCCCCGGCCGGACCCGCACCGCGGGGCGCAGCCCUCCGUCUUCCUCCUCCUCCUCCUCCCGCGUUUCCCCAAUGCAGUAAUCACCCACUUCCCACCGGGCCGGGGGACCCUAGCCCCCGCGGCGCUGCAACACGCCGCGGGAAGGGGACUAGGAGAGAGAGGGAGAGAAAGCCCCUGCGGCCCCACCGCCGCUUGGAGAGGGCAGCGCUUGAAAGAGGGGGCGGUGGCGGAGAGGCGCCCUGCAACAUCUGUAAAACUUGGACGAGAAGGAGGAGAGGAGUUGAGUGUGUGAGAGGGAGGAAAGCAAAAGGGACAACUUUUCCAACACAAAUGUCAGUCAGUGCGAGUGAGUCAGAAGGGAUCAGAUUACAAGAUCACUGAAACUGAUGUCGGAUCCGCGCACACACACACGCAACACGGACCGCUCCCCGCGGGAGGAGGGCAGGGACACCGCCACCGCCGGCACCGGCACCAGCACCCGCGAGCCCGCCUCCCCCGCGGACCAUGCCCGCUGCCCCCGGCGGGGGUCGGCCCCGCUAGCCGCGGCGGCGGGGCGGCGGCGAGCCGCGGCGUCCCCGGCCCAUGGCAGUGCGGGGGCGCGGCGGCAGCGGCGGCGGCAGCUCCUUGCCAGCUGUUCCACAUUUUCCAGCUGCCACUUCAGUUUGAAAUGAUGGACUGUAUGGAUCUCAAAGACCCUUUUAGUCAAAGGUAUUAGUACAAGAAGAGCUGAAGUAAUGAGAAGUCAUCAUGGAGGCGCAGUCCCAUAGCUCUACUACAACUGAGAAGAAAAAAGUGGAGAAUUCCAUAGUGAAAUGCUCCAGUCGAACAGAUGUCAGUGAGAAAGCUGUUGCCUCCAGCACAACUUCCAAUGAGGAUGAAAGUCCUGGACAGACCUAUCACAGAGAGAGAAGGAACACAGUCACAAUGCAGCCACAAGGUGGGCAAGGCCUCAGUAAGAUCAGUGAAGAGCCUUCAACAUCUAGCGAGGAAAGGGCCUCGUUAAUAAAGAAGGAGAUCCAUGGAUCUAUAUCGCACCUUCCUGAACCUUCUGUACCUUAUCGUGGGACAUUGUUUACUAUGGACCCCAGAAAUGGUUACAUGGAUCCUCAUUACCAUCCGCCUCACCUUUUUCCAGCAUUCCACCCUCCUGUACCAAUUGAUGCAAGACAUCAUGAGGGACGCUACCAUUAUGAACCAUCUCCCAUUCCUCCUCUGCAUGUGCCUUCUGCCUUAUCUAGUAGCCCAACAUAUUCAGAUCUUCCGUUUAUUAGAAUUUCCCCACACAGAAACCCUGCUGCAACAUCAGAAUCUCCCUUCAGCCCUCCUCACCCUUACAUUAACCCGUACAUGGACUAUAUCCGGUCACUGCACAGCAGCCCGUCCCUGUCCAUGAUCUCAGCAGCCCGCGGACUCAGCCCAACAGACGCUCCACAUGCUGGCGUCAGUCCAGCUGAAUAUUAUCAUCAGAUGGCUCUGUUGGCAGGCCAGCGCAGCCCGUAUGCAGACAUCAUUCCUUCAGCUGCCACUGCUGGAGCUGGUGCCCUUCAUAUGGAAUAUCUUCAUGCAAUGGAUAGCGCCAGGUUUCCGAGUCCAAGAUUGUCAGCUAGACCAAGCAGAAAACGUACGUUGUCCAUAUCGCCCCUGUCUGAUCACAGCUUUGACCUUCAGACCAUGAUACGGACAUCUCCAAAUUCCUUGGUCACAAUUCUCAAUAAUUCUCGUAGCAGUUCAUCAGCCAGUGGCUCCUAUGGCCACUUAUCUGCAAGUGCAAUAAGCCCUGCUCUGAGUUUCACAUACCCUCCUACACCGGUGUCCCUCCAGCAAAUGCAUCAACAAAUUAUAAGUCGUCAGCAGACCUUAGGUUCAGCCUUUGGACACAGCCCUCCGCUCAUUCAUCCUGCUCCAACUUUUCCUACCCAGAGACCUAUCCCAGGCAUCCCCAGUGUCCUGAACCCUGUCCAGGUCAGCUCCGGGCCUUCUGAGUCCACACAGCAGAAUAAACCCACAAGCGAAUCUGCAGUGAGCAGCACUGGAGAUCCAAUGCACAACAAGCGCUCCAAGAUAAAACCUGAUGAGGACCUCCCCAGCCCAGGUGCAGGAAGCGUGCAGGAACAGCCAGAAGGAAUGACCUUUGUAAAAGAGGAAGGGGACAAAGAUGAAAGCAAACAGGAGCCUGAAGUGGUCUAUGAGACAAACUGCCAUUGGGAAGGCUGUUCCCGGGAGUUUGACACACAGGAACAGCUAGUGCAUCAUAUAAAUAACGACCAUAUACAUGGAGAGAAGAAAGAGUUUGUGUGCCGAUGGUUGGAUUGUUCCCGGGAGCAGAAACCAUUCAAAGCCCAGUAUAUGCUGGUGGUCCACAUGAGGAGACAUACAGGGGAAAAGCCACACAAAUGCACUUUUGAAGGUUGUACAAAGGCCUACUCCAGACUAGAAAACUUGAAAACGCACUUGAGAUCUCACACUGGAGAGAAACCAUAUGUGUGUGAACAUGAAGGCUGCAACAAAGCUUUCUCCAAUGCAUCCGACAGGGCCAAGCACCAAAACAGGACUCAUUCCAAUGAGAAACCAUACGUUUGCAAGAUACCAGGCUGCACAAAGCGCUACACGGACCCCAGUUCUCUCCGGAAACAUGUGAAGACUGUGCAUGGCCCAGAGGCACACGUCACCAAGAAGCAGCGGGGAGAUAUCCAUCCGAGGCCUCCACCACCGAGAGACCCAGGCAGCCAUUCUCAGACCCGAUCACCAGGCCAGCAGACUCAGGGUGCAAUUGGUGAGCAGAAGGACCUCAGCAACACUACCUCAAAGCGUGAAGAAUGCCUCCAAGUGAAAGCGGUCAAGUCAGAAAAACCAAUGACAUCUCAGCCAAGCCCUGGUGGUCAGUCUACAUGCAGCAGCGAACAGUCCCCCAUCAGCAACUAUUCCAACAAUGGGAUCGAGCUUACUCUGACCGGUGGCGGUAGUGUAGGAGACCUCAGUGUCAUCGAUGAAACCCCAAUCAUGGACUCUACCAUUUCCACAGCCACCACAGCAUUUGGCUUACAGGCCAGGAGGAAUAUGACAGGGACCAAAUGGAUGGAGCAAGUCAAAUUAGAAAGGUUGAAACAAGUUAAUGGAAUGCUUCCAAGACUGAACCCCAUUCCGCCUUCUAAAGCCCCAGCCUUGCCGCCUCUCAUAGGAAAUGGUACCCAGUCAAACAGCAGCUGCACUGUAGGAGGAUCCAUGACUAUUCUACCAAACAGGAAUGAACUUUCAAGUAUGGACAUCACCAUGUUAAACAUGCUGAACAGGAGGGACAGCAAUACUAGCACAGUCAGUUCAGCCUACUUGAGCAGCCGCAGGUCCUCUGGAAUCUCACCUUGCUUUUCCAGCCGGAGGUCCAGCAAUGCCUCCCAGGUGGAGGGAAGACCUCAAAACGUGAGUGUUGCUGACUCCUAUGAUCCCAUCUCAACAGAUGCCUCCCGGCGUUCCAGUGAAGCAAGCCAGUGUGAUGACCUGCCAAGUCUUCUCAGCCUCACCCCAGCCCAGCAGUACAGGCUGAAAGCUAAAUAUGCAGCAGCUACUGGUGGACCCCCACCAACUCCACUGCCUAACAUGGAGAGGAUGAGCCUCAAAACAAGGAUGGCACUCUUGGGUGACUGCAGGGAGUCUGGAGUAUCUCCAUUGCCUCCAGUAAAUGCCCCUCGAAGAUGUAGUGAUGGUGGGACAAAUGGUUACAGCAGGAGGCAUUUUCUGUCUCACGAUGCUCUAGGAAAUGGGACGAGGAGAGCCAGUGAUCCGGUAAGAAUGGUCUCCGACAACCUCUCUGUUCCUAGAGUCCAGCGUUUCAACAGUCUUAGUAGCUUUAACCCUCCUGCUUUGCCUCCAUCCAUGGAAAAGCGCAAUUUUGUUCUUCAGAACUACACCCGUUCUGAGGGUGGUGUCUUCCGUGGCUUCAGCUCCCCCUGUCCUCCAAGUAUCAGUGAGAACGUCGCCCUGGAGGCUGCUAUAAUGGAAGCAGGUGGCAGUUUGAAUGAUGAGGAUCUCCUGCCAGAUGACGUGGUUCAGUAUUUGAAUUCCCAGAACCAGGGCAUGUGCGACCACUUGUUGAACAAUGUCCUAGACAACAACAAAAUACAUCACGGCUCAGUGUUAGGAAACAACAACCCCAGCAACUUCGACCAAGCCCCUCCACCGAGCAAUCAACAGGCAGGCUCUGAGGCAAACAAGAGUGACUUGCCAAUUCAGUGGAAUGAAGUAAGCUCAGGAAGUUCUGACUUAUCUCCUUCAAAACUGAAAUGUGGUCAGCGCUCGGCAGCGCAGCAGACUCGGGCCUUUGGACUGUAUAACAAUAUGAUGGUUCAGCAGCAGAACCUGGAGAGAAGCAACGUGGCCCAGCAAAAUGGCUAUCAGAACCUGAUGGAAAACAACAGCUCCUACAGUUUACAGCAAAAUGCAGUUCUUGGCAGCAGCACCAGUAAUUCUUUCAGCAUGCAGCCCAAUAAGCCUUACGGCGAAAGCAUCACCAGGCAACCAAUGGUUUCUGGGGCAAUGGACAAUUCCUGUAGCAUGGCAGUUCAAGGGCAGAAGCUGAGAAACAGCAACAUGCCAGUGAAUGGGAACCAGCAAAAUUUUGGUCAUCCCAUGGCAUCCAGCAAUGAAGCCACCAGCAUGGCAAAUGGGAUGCAGAACGGGAAUAUGAUAGAACAAGAAUAUUUGCAAAAUCAACCAGUCGGGGACGGCAUUCAUUACCAGGGAGUCAAUCAAUCCAGUCAUAUGAUAUUAGGGCAGAUUAGUGCUACCUCACAAAGCAGUCUGUAUCAAGGGCCACAGAGCUGUCCACCGGUGUCUCACAACAUUGGUAGCCAGCCGUCAGGUUUGUUGGUGGCCAAAGGUUACCAGCCAUGUGCUAAUUACAGUGGCAACAGACGGCAAAAUGUGUUGAGAAACAACCUGGCACAACAGCAAGGACAUAUAAGUGAUGACAACCAGACGUACAGGGUAAACACCAUUAAGAUGGAGAUGCAAGGUCAAUCACAGCAGUUCUGCUCUAAUGCGCAGAAUUACUCUGGUCAGUUAUAUGACCAAACCACAGGCUUUAGCCAUCAAGCUAUGAAAACAGGUUCUUUCUUCGUUUCGGAAGCUAACUGCCUGCUGCAGGGGACUGCUACUGCAAACUCAUCCGAGCUUCUUUCCCCGGGGGCUAACCAAGUGACAAGCACAGUUGACAGCAUUGACAGCAACAGCCUAGAAGGUGUGCAGAUUGAUUUCGAUGCUAUCAUAGAUGAUGGGGACCAUGUCAGCUUAACUUCAGGAGCCCUGAGUCCGAGUAUCAUUCAGAAUCUCUCACGCAAUUCCUCACGCCUCACCACUCCCCGAGCGUCUCUUACAUUCCCAGCUAUGCCCGUAAGCACAACCAACAUGGCUAUUGGGGACAUGAGUUCUUUGUUGACCUCACUUGCAGAAGAAAGCAAGUUUCUUGCUGUUAUGCAAUAGACAUGAUAAAAAAAAAGAAGCUUAGGAGAUAACAGAUGAAAAAAAGACUCAUAUUUUUUAGUUGUGUAUGUAUUUUAGCAAUCUCAUCUCACCUAAAUGGGAUGUGUUUCAAGUAUAUUCCUUUUAUGGAAUAAGGACUCUGAAAACCCUAAAGUGUUCUAGGGAGAAACUGUCUUCCAUUUCAGUUUUGAAUCAGUAUUGCUACACCCAUUCCCCCCCUGCUCUCUCUUCUCUCUCUCUUGCUCCCUUUUUGAAUGUCUGUAUGCUUCUUUUUUCUUUUUUUUUAUUGUAAAACAAUGUAAACGUGGGAAGUGCAUGUUUUUGUUUUGGUUUUUUGGGUUUUUUUUAAAGAAAGGUCUGAUGAAAUGACUUUGCAAUUUUCUAUUACUCAAAAGAAAUUCAACCCUGUACAAUUGUUGCAAUUUUUCCCCCUAAACCUGUAGGCACAAAAUAACCUGGCACAAAAUGAAGUGAACAUAGAAGAAAUCCUCUCUUCAUACAUUGGAUGCAUUGCACUGAGGUGGACAACUGAUUUAGAAAUGCACUGCCAUGGUACCCCUAGGCUAUAGUUUCAGAGUGGUGGGGCCCAAGAAAUAUGAAGUUCAAACAAAUAAGAGAUGUAAAACAAUCAACUCUUUGAUGCGAAGCAAAUGUUUAAGGUUUUUGUAAGCACACACAGACAGAUGUCAUUGCCUUGCGUAAUGAUGCAAAAAUUGUGUCGUAUGUGUGUUUAACUCAUUUCAGAGGAAAGGGAGACCAGAAAGAUGUACUUAUUACAAUUCACAUUUUUGUAGAAUUUGAUAUUCCAUUUUUUCAGCCUUCUUUUUUUAAAUGACUGGAGAGCACAAUUAUGUGCAUAUUUGAUGAUUUGGGUAGUCUGUAAUUCCUUCACUGCAUACCACAUUCUUGGAGAUAGGAUCAGGGUCUCAUCAUGGAGUAUUUCACACAAUGGAAUUCCUGUAUUCCAUACUGUGGAAUGAUUUUUUUGUUUGUUUAAAUGCAAAUUAUUGAGACACGUAAAUUGCAGAGCCAUUAGUUCUCAUUCACAGUAAUAAUUUCUUUGCCAGAACUGGCUUGUACACCCCUUCGAGCACAUACAGCUUCGCAGAUGGAUUAUAUGUUUUAAAGUAUAUAAAUGCCCAUUAACAUAACACAUUUACAGCUUCAAAAGCAUCAUGGAGUUGGCAUGUAAAACCAGUUAAAAAAAAAGGAAUGGCUCCAUUCUCAGACCAGCCAAAUAAAUCAAAGUGAUUGCAAGCAAUCCAGUAAUCAUAAAUGUGUUUCCAGUGUAUCCAGGCUUUACAAGAUUAAAAGAUUUAAACUGCCAUUAAAAAUGGCAAAGAAACAAGCUAAACAGCAAAUAUUUCUGGUGCAGAUAAUUGAAAUACUUAAAAAACAAGGACAAAAGGACCUCCCCAAACUUGGUGACACCAGUUUGCAUUUGAUUUCAAAGCAAAUCAGUGGGCCAAUGUCUAGGCUUAGUUACAUUAGCAGGAAUUGUGACUAACCGUGUUAUGUUUGUGAAGUUAUUGCUUGGUAUAGAUGAACAGAACUUGCUCUGUAGCAUCUAGCUAUUACAGCACUUUUUUUUUUUUCCUGUAUUUGGCUCUGUGUCUGCUCCCCUGAACACACAGCACUCCUGGGGAUGCAGGUGGGGCUGGAGAACAUUUCCAAGACCAAGGGCUAAAUUCACCCAUUCCUAGAAGCUGCAUGCAAGUCCAGGCCUCAGGCUUCUCAGCUAAGUCCUAAUAUCAAAGUACUGUGACAGGAUGUACAUGGUGCAGACACUUACACUUACGGAUUUGGUAUCUGUAAGGAGCUAAUGUAAGCAUGGCCAUAUGGUGAGGAGGGGGAGUUUGGUUUAUUUUGGCAUACAGAUACAUUUUAGCCCAGUAAGAAUUACCGAUAAUACCAGCAGGCGAUUUCUACUGCCUAGAAGGCUGUAGUGUUCUCUUUUUUUGACUGUAAAAAGAGGUAAAAUACCAGCUGAUUUGGGGCGUUGCAUUUGAGGAGUGUGCAAGCAUACAACCCAAGUGAAGCUAUCUGAUAACAUUGCUCUAUCAACAGCUGUUAAAGUCAGAGAAAGAAGAUGUAAAUGGGUAUGAAAGCAUCACAGAAAUCCAUUGCUGGGACCAUAAUUGGGCUUAUUACAGCAUGUAUUAAAUAAUUUUCACUAGCUACACUGUGAGCUGGAGUGUCAGAAAUCAAAAUGCAAAUAGAGAAAAGGCUUUUCUCAAUAUCCUGCAACUUUUAUCAUUGUCCUGCUCCUGUCUUUCUCCAUGUCCUUAGCAAGCAUUUCUUCCAUGAUUUGUGUUACACACGGGUAUUCCCUCCCUUCUGUGACCUGUGCUCUUUGCUGGUCCCCUCCCAGCCUCCCUCCCAAAUGUGACAACACUUCUGUGGUGGUCUCUAGCCUUUGUGGGGAAUUGGGCACAACAUGCAAUGGCAGAUGGUUGGGUUUUUUCUAUUACAACAUGGCUAAGACUUGCCUCUUCCAGCCAUGCUCCCAUUGCCUGGAGACCAUCCCUCACUCUCAGCAGAGUGGCCCCGUUCCCCAGGCAAUCUAGUUGUAAGCUGAUCUAGGCUGCAAACCUCUUCCCACUUUCAUGUCCUCGUGGAGCAGUUGCAGCACCUCACUGAUGCCCGCCCGGCUCCCAGUGUGCUCUCACAAGAAGGUAGAGCAGAGGCAAUUCAUGCAUUAGCAGCCCCAAGGGUUCAAAAGAAAACUCUGAGGGGACCCAGAUGCAAAAUGGGGAGAUAGAAAGGUGCCACAUCAGGGCUAUAACAGGCUUAUGGGUGAUUUUCAUAACUGCAGCAGCCCUGUGAAGACCCACUGCCUGUACUCAACCCCUGUCUCUCCUCUGCUGCCUGGGAAAGGAGGAACUCCUUAGGCCCAGCAGGUCACUGCGGGAGGGCUAGAGGGGGUGUUUAGAUGGUCACGCUUUACUUGGCAGCACUGUGAGACAGCUCACACCCCUGCUCAGAAACACCGGUGUAUGUGUUAGGAAAGGCUGCGCACUCAUCAGCUGGCUGUAUUUCAAAUAGUUCUCGGUAACCAAUAGCUGGCUGUUUAUUAAGCCAUCAAUUACAUGUUUGUAAACAAUUUCAGCAGGGAGACUUAUGACUCCUUUGGUAGUCAUGGCUUUGGGAGAGAAGCCUUUUAUUGUUAUAGAGCCAAUACAUAAAAAAAAGACCUUUUAAACAAUUUUCUAGUUCGUGAUUGUAUUUACUGAUCUAUUUGAAGCUGAGAAGCUACUAACAGAUGUGACCCAUCAGAGCUUAGAAGGAGGCAUUCAUACUGCUGAAGGCUAAAAGAGACUGUUGGAAGGGCAUAUUUGCCUUCCUGGAUUUGACAGACUUUUGUCACUCACUCCUGUCUUGGGCCAACAAUGUGUCUUGGCCUAAACUGCAUGUUCCCAAAAGGCAUCCAGUUUUUAUUUGGAGAUGCGAAAGAAACAAAGACUCCAUGAAGUCCCUACAGAGUUUGUGCAAAUGAUUGAUCGUUUUUGCCAUUAAGCAUGUAUGCCUGUUUUUUUGCAUGUAAACAUGUUAUGUUUUGGCUUUUAGUAGCUUCUCAUACUUUUAUGUUGAAGAGCCUGUUUUGGUACUUGUGAAGGUAUCAGUACACAGUAGUCCAACCUUUUUUUUUUUUUUUUUUUUUUUUUUUUUUUUUGAAGGAGGUAGACUGGGCUCUCUGGGCAUGGCACAAAAGCUUUAACUCCUCAACCUCCUUCUUAAAACAUGCCAAUCUGGUGAAAGUCCCGCCAACAUUACACACAGGUGUACUAGCACUGCUCUACUGCUUUUCCACUUACACAGCUGAAACUUGCUUUUCUUUAUCUGGCACAUAAGUUGGCACUGCAAGAGCAGUUGGAAGCCCACCACUCACCCUAGACUACCAGAAAAUGCUGAACUGAUUUUUGUAUUUUUAAAGCAUUGAGGUGGACACAGCCUCAGUCUAAACUACCUUUUCUUCUAGUGGCUCUUUGCAGUGGGGGGAAUCUUCCAGUUCUUUUACUGUUGGCUUUGGGUGCAUGUGCCUUGGUCAAUGUGCAUAAAGCACGCAUUUUUUUCCAGACAUUUUUACUUCCCACAAAGUGGGAAUUGUUAAUGAGGGUUCAUCUAUAAGGUACAACUGCAUGGAUGAAAGGUAUUUUUGCAGAUAAGUCGAUAGGCUUCCAGAGUGGGUUUGCUGGUAAGUACUAUGGCCUAGCACAUCCAAAUGGCAGAUGAUGUUUUUCUCUCCUUGGAGGAUGGUCCCAAAUGGUACGUGCAUUAAAAUGUUGGCUUGCUCGCUCGCUUGCAGUCAUUGCUUCCUGCCCAUUGCAUCCCUCCCUUUCUUUUGAUGAAAUGGGCAGUUGGCUCAUCCACAUGUUACACAAUGGCUUGUCCUUCUGAACAACAGUGUUUAUAUUCUCACAAUGUAUGUGCCUUAUUUUGUGUUGAUCCUGUGAAAGAGAGGGACCAAGAUAUAUUGCCAGAUUUUUCACAAUGAGGUUCUACUCACCAUUUCAGCUAAUAGCACAUACCACUGUUAAUAGUGUCUCAAACGUCUUGUAAACCUCUGGUAUUCACGUGUUAUUGUCCUUGAAUUGAUAGAAUGUCUUCUAUUGAAAAGUUACUGUUGUCAGUCCUGCAGAUGUGUAAGAUAAAACCGUGUUCAUUUUUUUCACUUUUUUUAGUUUUUUUAUAAAGCUUGUAAUCCUUUUUUUUUAAUGUGUAAAUACAUUUACGUACAGUAGGAAUAGUGUUUGGCUGUAACAGGCCUUAGUGGUCUUCAUUUGAUAAAGCUGCAGUUAUGAUCUGAUGUUUCUUGAGCCUUAGGUUGAUCUGAAGGGUCUGUAGCACUGUGUACAUAUAAACUGUACUUCUGCUUUCAGAACCACUUAGCUCUUUUGUAACAAAGAAAAAAUGUUUCUUACAAUGUCAAUAAAAACACAAAAGCCUUUGUACUUAA